GCAGAGAAGUGGGAAUCCGGAAGCCGCAUUCUGGACCUCCACGAGCACUCGCUCCGUCCCCAGCAGCCCCUCCCGACUCCGCGCAGCCCCUGUGACCGCCCCGCAGCCCUCCUUGUGCCCGGCAGCUCCUCCGACCCCCCCUCCGAGCCCCGCCCUGUUCCCGGCAGCCCUCCAGAUCCCCCCGGCAGACUCCCACCCCACGCACCCCGCACGCCAGGACGCCGAACCUGGCCGGGGAUGGACAGGGAGGCGCGCGUGUUCGCCGAGAGCCACUUCCGAGGCCUCGAGGGGUGUCUCCCCCGCAGGGUCUGCCCGAAACUUGACCGUGUGGACUUCAUCGAGAAGCCGGACUCCUUUUCCUACGCCGACUUCUUCAAGGGUUACCUGCUCCCUAACUUACCGUGUGUUUUCUCCAGCGCCUUCACCGAGGGCUGGGGCAGCAGGAGGCUCUGGGUGACACCCAGCGGAAAGCCCAACUUCGAUUAUCUGCUUCAGAACUAUGGAGACGUGGUUGUACCUGUUGCAAAUUGUGGGGUCCGGGAAUACAACUCCAACCCCAAAGAACACAUGCCCCUCAGAGACUACAUCAGCUACUGGAAAGAGUACAUUCAGGGAAACUACUCCUCUUCACGGGGCUGUCUCUAUCUCAAAGACUGGCAUCUGUGCAGGGACUCCUCGGCGGAGGGCGUGUUCACCCUGCCCAUAUACUUCUCAUCUGACUGGCUCAACGAGUACUGGGAUGCCCUGGACGUGGAUGACUACCGCUUCAUCUACAUGGGGCCCACCGGCACCUGGUCGCCGUUCCAUGCUGACAUUUUCCGCUCCUUCAGCUGGUCCGUCAACAUCUGCGGGAGGAAAAAGUGGUUCUUCUUCCCACCGGGGCAAGAAGAAGCCCUGCGGGAUUGCCACGGUAGCCUGCCCUACGAUGUGACCUCCCCCACACUCCUGGAUAGCCGCCUACACCCCAUGCGAGAUCACUGUAGCCCACCACUGGAGGUCACACAGGAGGCAGGCGAGAUGGUGUUUGUGCCCAGUGGGUGGCACCAUCAAGUCCACAACCUGGAGGACACCAUCUCCAUCAACCACAACUGGGUCAACGGCUGUAACCUGGCCAACAUGUGGCACUUCCUGCAGCAGGAGCUCUGUGCCGUGCAGCAGGAGAUCAUUGAUUGGAGGGACAGCAUGCCUGACUGGCACCACCACUGCCAGGUGUCUCCAUCCUCGAGGACUGGACCGUGUCUCAGGGCCCUUUGUAGCCUAGACUCGAUGCAGGGUCAGCAGAACUUGCCGAGAGCUGUGAGUGAGCAGCAGCUCACUGGUUGUUCCUUUCUGGCCCAGGUCAUCAUGAAGUCCUGCUCCGGGAUUAAUUUCGAGGAAUUUUAUCACUUCCUCAAGGUCGUUGCUGAAAGGAGGCUUCUCCUCCUGGCGAAGGGGAUGGGUCCUGGCAAGGUGGAGGGCAGCAAGGGCACCAGGCUGGGCCCCGAGCAGGCCGCUUUUGACAUUGGCCGCAUAGCUGAGGUGCUGGAGUCUGUGGUGGCCCACCCUGACUUCCAGAGAGUGGACACCAGUGCAUUCUCACCACGGCCAGAGGAGCUCCUACAGCAGCUGGAGGAGGCUGUGGCUGCCACCACAUCCCUUUAGUGCAUGCUGCAAGGAUCGGGUGCAGCACAUCCUUGGGGGACCCUGGAGGCACCAGUGUGGAAGGCAGUCACCCUGUGCUAGGGUCCCUUCUGGAAAUAAAGCUCUGUCCUCCUGUGUG